AUGGCACGCCUGAGCUUCCUGCUCGUCGGUGCCCUCACAGCCCUCAGCGGCUUCGCCAGCGCAAGCUCCGCAGUUAAAGACCUGAUCCCCACAAACUUCGACGAUGUCGUCCUGAAGUCCGGCAAGCCUGCGCUAGUCGAAUUCUUCGCCCCCUGGUGCGGCCACUGCAAGACCCUCGCCCCCGUUUACGAGGAGCUUGCUCAGACCUUCGCCUUUGCCGAAGACAAGGUUACCAUCGCCAAGGUCGAUGCCGAUGAGAACCGCUCUCUGGGCAAGCGCUUCGGCGUCCAAGGUUUCCCCACAGUGAAGUGGUUCGAUGGAAAGAGUGACAAGCCCGAGGAGUACAAGGGCGGUCGUGACAUUGAGAGCCUCUCCGCCUUCAUCACAGAGAAGACUGGCAUCAAGCCUCGUUCCGCGCAGAAGGAGGCCAGCAACGUUGAGAUGUUGAACGAUGCUUCUUUCAAGACCACCGUUGGCGGCGACAAGGAUGUGCUGGUCGCUUUCACUGCCCCCUGGUGUGGACACUGCAAGAGCCUCGCCCCUACCUGGGAGACCCUGGCCAAUGACUACGCCCUCGAGCCCAAGGUUGUUAUUGCCAAGGUUGACGCCGAAGCCGAGAACUCCCGUGCCUUGACCAAAGAGCAGGGCGUCACCGGAUACCCCACCAUCAAGUUCUUCCCCAAGGGCUCCACCGAGGGUGAGACUUACUCCGGUGCUCGCGCCGAGGAGUCAUUUAUCAAAUUCAUCAACCAGAAGGCCGGCACUCACCGCGCACCUGGUGGUGGUCUCGACAGCGUUGCCGGCACCAUCGCCGUUCUGGACAAGAUUGUCACCGAGCAUGUCGCGGCGCAGAAGUUCGACAAGCUCGUCGUUGAGGUUAAGAAGGCUGCUGAGGGUCUCGAGGACAAGUACGCUGAGUACUAUGUCAAGGCUGCUGAGAAGCUGAGCAAGAACGAGGGCUACGCUGCCAAGGAGAUCGUCCGUCUUCAGAAGAUCCUGGCUAAGGGUGGCUCUGCUCCUGAGAAGCUGGAUGACAUUCUCUCCCGUAGCAACAUUCUCAGCCGCUUUGUUGGCACCGCGAAGCACGAUGAGCUUUAA